AUGUGUCGUCCCCCUGGGAUUAGCGAUUGUACAAAUCCUAUUAGUUGCCUAUCGUGCGAAGAAGUUGAUGCCAACGUAUCAUCUUUACAGGCAUUGCCAAUGUUUCUGAUUGAAAAAUCGCCCACUUUGUAUGUCCAUUCUCGUCCUGAACAUUCGACAGUACGAACACUUUGUCGGCUUACCGCGGAGCGCCCUGAAUUUGAAACUGAGCAAAGAGAAAAUUUGGUACAUGCCGUUGAUUUCAUUUGCACCAAUAAUGAAAAAUCGUGGAAUAAGGUAGAUGCUUCCCUUGUCGACAUCCCUGGCACACUCAAAGCAAGAAAAAUUGUGUUUCAUGCAUUAGAAUUCAACUUUUCGGCUAAACAAAAGUACUCGGAUAUGGAAGGCAGUGGCAGGGAUCGAUGUUACAACGGGUGUAUGGCUGAUAUGUGUCUCUGA